UAAGAUAACGCCGCUAUGCGCUACAUAUACCUGUCCCGCCUUAUUCUGCCGGUAAGCACGAUGACGAGCGGACCUGAAGGCACCAACAGCGGCACCGCCUCCCCCAGCAGCCACGGAGACGCCGCCGCCGCCACCCGAAUCCCGGACUCCGUGAUGGAGGCGCUGAAGGAGCUGCAGCAGCGCACGGGGUUCCCGAUCUCGCAGGAGAACGGGCAGCGCAGGUACGGCCCUCCGCCCUCGUGGGACGGCCUGCCGCCACCCAAGGGCUGCGAGGUGUUCAUCGGCAAAAUCCCGCGCGACAUGUUCGAGGACGAGCUGGUGCCGGUGCUGGAGCGCGCAGGGAAGCUGUACGAGGUGCGGCUCAUGAUGGAGACGGCGAGCACCAACCGCGGCUACGGCUUCGUGCAGUUCACGACGCGCGAGGAGGCCGAGAAUGCCCUGCGCAGCCUCAACAACCACGAGGUCAGACCCAACCGCUUUCUGGGCAUCAUGCGGAGUGUGGACAACAACCGCCUGUUCGUGGGCGGCAUCCCCAAGAACCGGUCUCGCGAGGAGGUGCAGGAGGAGAUGCGGCGAGUGACGGAGGGCGUCGUCAAGAUCAUCCUUUACCCGUGCGUGAACGACCGCACCAAGAACCGCGGCUACGCCUUCGUCGAGUACGAGAGCCACAAGGCGGCUGCCAUGGCGCGCAGGAAGAUGUUCACGGGGCGCGUGCUGCUGUGGGGCAACACGGAGGUCAAGGUGGACUGGGCCGAGCCCGAGCUCGAUGUCGAUAAGGACGUCAUGGCUAAGGUACGGGUAUUGUACAUGAGGAACCUUGCCCUGUGCACGACCGAAGAUGACCUAAGGAAGCUGUGCAGUAACAUCGUGAAUGGAGUGGAGCGGGUCAAGAAGCAGAAAGACUAUGCCUUCGUUCAUUUCGCCACCAGGGAGCAGGCAGAGGCGGUCAAGGCUGCCCUCAAUGGUCAUAUACUCCAUGGCUGUGAACUUGAGAUAACAUGGGCCAAGCCAGUCAAGAACAGAGAGGAGUACCAGCAAAGAAAGGCCAUUGCAAGGUCCAUGGUUAGUGCAGGGCAAGCUCGCACAGGUUAUCUCCCACACAUAACUCCAACCGGGUAAGUAUUCAUUGUUUUCUGUGUUAAAUAAAAAGUGAAUGCAGUGAUGUGGUUUGUAAAGAGAAGGUGGAUAGGGAGAUAGAGAGAAAGGUAUGAAAAGAGUAGGUGGAUAGAGAGAUAAGAUGUGUCAAGAGAGGGUGGAUAGAGAUAUGAUUUUUUAUAGAGGUGGCAAGACUUGUAAAAGGAAAGUGGAUAGGGAGAAAACCUGUGUGAAAAGAAGAUGGAUAGAGAGAUAGGGUGUGUCAAAAGAAGGUGAAUAGAGAGAUAAUGUGUGCUAAGAGAAAGUGGAUAGAAAUGUAAGAUGUGUUAAAGAAGGUGGAUUGAGAAAUUAAAGGUUUUAAGGGAAGAUGGAUAGAACAAAAGGAAUAUAGAAAAUGUUAUGUGAAGGACACACAGAGUAUAACAUUAAUUUUGUAGAAAUAUAUUUGAUUCAAAAUUAUAAAGAUUUGAGUAACAUUAAAAAUCAGUAAUAAAUGGAAAUGGGAGUGUAAGACUGAGAAUGAGAAUGAGAAUGAGAGUGAUAGUGAGAGCGAGAGCGAAAGUGGGAAUAUGAGUGGGAGUGAGAA